AUGCGUCGGCAGACUAGUGGCCGUGUGCAGAGCGACUACAGAAGCUAUGGCUACCAAGGCGAUGGUAACAGCUCGGACGGUCCUACAUACUUGAACAGUUCUGGUGGCUCUAGCAAUCAAGAUGGUCCUACACGACCUGUCAUCAGGCCUUCGAAUCGAGUCAGCCACUUGAAGACUCCGGAGCUACCGCGUGUAACUCCUAGCGGAGCCGAAUCACCUAUGGCAUCAGAGACACGCACCAGCGAGAGACCCACCUUCUCAUUAAACGGACAGCAGAUCAAAGAAACGUACAAGCCUCGACUAAGGGCGGCUACCAGCUCACCGAGGCCGUCAACACCUGUCUCACGGGCCUUCCGGACCAACAGCCCUGGCCAGCGUGCGAAUACACAAAACACAUCCAACCGGCCUCUGACUCGCAACACUCGAGGUCAUUGGGCCUUGCAGCAGGAAUUGAAGGUAAAGAUCUUGGGUAUUACCAAGAAGCAAUGGACCAAAGACGUCUAUUUCGCUGUGUCUAAUUAUGGCAAUGUGACAAGAAUCGACAUGGAAGCCGGCAGCCGGGACAAUAACGCAUGGGUGGUCUUCCAGCCUCCUCCCAAGAAGCUCCCACCUCAGCUCUGCAUCGGUCGAAAGCAUGAGGUCCGGCAUCCCACCCUAUUCACCGUCCCCAGCCCCGUCAACUCAGCAAUACAGUAUCAGGAGAACAACAUUCUUUAUGCGAACUACAUCAGUUUUGGAAUACAGACAGAAAAAAAGAGCUUGGUGAACAUGCACGAAGUGCACGCCGCCGGCGAAGUCCAGAUCAAGCUCAAUCUGAGACGCAAAGAGGUCGAGGUGCAAUUUCCUCUUACGAUUGACAAACAGAAACAUACCUGUUCCUUCCAAUUACCAAUCUCACAGCUCUCAGGUAUUCACAAGACAGAGGAUGGACGUAGAUCGUCUUCUAUAAUCAUACCGUUCGACCGACCUCCUCAGUUCUUUGUCCAGAAAAAGCCAACGACGAAAGACGACAGCAUGUUUCCUACAAAAGAGCGUAGCUGGAGUGUUUGGAGUACGAUGUUCCGCGAGACUGACGUUAUCGACGGCCGCACAAGGGGAUGUAUGCAGACACUGCCACUCUCGGACGGCAGGGGCUCAGCGAUCAUCGACAUAGGCCGCUGGACCACCUACCAAUUGUGCUUCGAUUCAAGCACUCUGUCCGGGGCACAGUUCGAAGAGUUCCGUAACGCCCUCGGUGACUUCGGCGUAGCGCUUAAAGACUGCGAUCAAUUCGACAUAAGCUCAGAGCGACCGUCUCCCCUCGCCACAAUGUUGGAAGAAGAAUACACGGGAACACUCUCUUCUCUUCAAGCUCUGCAGACAACAUCCUCAAUCUUUGACGAUCUUGCUUUCGGUCUUGUCCACUUGAACUUCCCAGUACGCUAUCAGCUCGAAUCCUGUUUGUCGAACGGCUUCAUCAAGGAGAGUAACAUCACCCGCAAGUUUCUCGAAGACCUUCGAGCAUUGGAUCCUUCUCACGCCACCCACAUACUUGAGAAGGUUGUCCGUAAGCAGCGCGUCUAUUACGAUCCCAUGGAUAUCUUCAAGACACGCACAAAGCUGACGCCUCAAAGGCUCAUUCCCAAACAUUGUGUAAUGCAACGAUCUGUCAACAUUACACCCACCAUGAUGCAUGUCGCGUCACCAGUCAUGGAGAUCUCCAACAGGAUCACUCGCCAGUACCUUGCGGAUUCCGAUCGCUUCAUCCGGGUAAAGUUCACAGAUGAGAAGGGUGAAGGUGCUUUAAGGAACAUGUCCGGAGGCAGACAUGAUGCUCUGUUCAACAGAGUGAGCCGUGCGAUGAAAAACGGUAUUGUCGUCGCUGGUCGAUACUACGAGUUCCUUGCUUUCGGAAAUUCCCAAUUUCGAGAAGCUGGUGCCUACUUCUACUCACCGACGUCCACCAAGUCAGCGCAUGACAUCCGUGUGACACUGGGUGACUUCAGCGAUAUCAAGUCUGUCGCCAAGUAUGGUGCCCGAAUUGGACAGUGCUUCUCAACCACUCGAGCCAUGCAAACUACCGUCGCCGUGCAUGCCAUCGAUGAUAUCGAGCGUAACGGAUACACUUUCACCGAUGGUGUUGGAAAACUAUCUCUCUUCCUGGCUCAGAUGGCGGCGCAGGACCUUGGCUUGCAGAACCCUUUCGAUGACCCGCCAUCUUUGUAUCAAUUCCGUCUGGGUGGCUGCAAGGGUGUACUUGCUCUUGACCCGGCUAUCAAGAAGACAGAGGUCCACAUCAGGCCGAGUCAGUUCAAGUUCAAGGCCCCGUACAAUGGACUCGAGAUCAUCCGCUGCUCAUCUCUCGCUACACCGUUCUUCAACCGACAGGUUAUCAUCGUGCUGUCAGAUCUAGGUGUGCCAGACCAUAUCUUCAUUCGGAAGCAACAACAGAUGAUCAACGCUUGCGAGCUGGCCAUGAUGGACAAGACUGAAGCACUGAAAUGCCUUCUGAACCAUAUAGACAUGAACCAGACGACCCUCACAAUGGCCAGCAUGGUUCUAGACGGAUUCCUUGAUACUCAGGAGCCGUUCAUGAUGUCUCUCUUGCAUCUUUGGCGCGCCAGUACGAUCAAAGAGCUCAAGAAGAAGGCUCGGAUUGUCAUUGAUAAUGGUGCCUUCGUAUUGGGCUGCAUUGACGAGUCCGGCAUACUGCAAGGCCAUCGCGAUGAGCCUCAGUCUCGCCACGACGCCACUAGGGACGAAAAGCUUCGCACACUACCCGAGAUCUUCAUUCAAGUUGAUGACACAAGCAGGAAAUGCCACUACAAAGUCAUCAAGGGCGUUUGUAUACUCGCUCGAAACCCAUCACUACAUCCCGGCGAUAUUCGCAUCGUUCGCGCAGUCGAUGUCCCAGCACUGCACCAUCACAAGAAUGUGGUUGUUUUACCCCAAACUGGCGACCGCGAUCUCGCAAACAUGUGCUCGGGAGGUGACCUCGAUGGCGAUGAUUACAUGGUGUUGUGGGACAAGGACCUGCUACCGAAACUCAUCAACAAUGGCCCAAUCGAUAUCCGAGCUGUCGGCGACUUUUUCGUAACGUACAUGAAGAAUGAUUCGCUUGGUAAAAUUGCACACGCGCACCUGGCACAGGCUGACCAACAAUCCGGGGGCGUCACUAGCGAUAUCUGCAUAGAGCUUGCCAAGCUACAUUCUCAAGCGGUCGACUAUCCAAAGAGCGGUAUUCCGGCUGUCAUGGAUCACGCGCUGAGGCCGAAGAAAUGGCCACACUUCAUGGAGAAGCGUCAUCUAACCGCAGCCCAGAUAUAUCAGUCCAAGAAUAUCUUGGGUAUGUUGUAUGAUCAAGUGCAGCUGGUAGACUUCCUCCCCAUGUGGGAGGACAAGUUUGACCAACGAAUUCUCGACGCCUUUGACCUAGACGAAGCUCUACUGGAUAUGGUCGCAAAUAUCAAAUCGAAGUACGACAAUGACCUGAAGAGGCUGAUGGCCAAGCACGGUAUCCAGACAGAAUUCGAAGCUUUCUCGGUGUUUGUUUUGGAGCACAAUGAAGAGACGCGCGAUUACAAGUUUGCCGAAGAGUUCGGUCAGAUCAUCAGAGUCCUGAAGUUACAGUAUAAGGAAAUGUGCAUCCACGCCUCUGGAGCCAGCACUAUUGUCGAUUGGGGCCAGAUCGGACCUUUCGUCGCGGCAAUGUACACGGUGAGCGCGCAACAGACGAGGGACGCGCUCAAGGAGUGCAACAUGACCAAGACGGUUGGAGGUCAACAAGUGCCCGUACGUAACAAAGACGCCGAGAGCAUGCCACUGAUGUCGUUCCCGUGGAUCUUCCACAGCGAGCUGGGCAAGCUGGCGACUGGAAACAAGGCAAUGCAGCUCGACGUCGUGCACGAGCAGCGUCGACGUAAGCAUCGCGCGAACAAGCCCGGGGCAACAGACGAGUUGGGUACUGCGGAAACGAAUCAAGGUAUUACUCGGAUUGGAGAGAUGCUCAACCUGGACUUUGGAGAUCCUCAGGCGAUGGCAGCAAGCGAGCAGCAGCAUGAGAUUGGUGUACAAAGUGGAGUGGAAGUAGCAGAGUCCAGCAAGGAACGCAGAGGUUCGCUGCCUGUCGCAUCGCCGUCAGUACUGGAACCAUAG